UGAUCGCAAGAUAAACAUCCAGCAAAACGUUUACCAAUCGUUACAAAACUGUAAACCACAGUGCGGUUAAAAAAUUGUAGUAAUUCAGUUCAUUUUCGUUAAUUACAAUGUCAGACGAAGAAGAAUUAGUGUUUGUGAAACGCCAGAAAACAAUUCACUAUGGAUCGCUGGAAGAUUCCGAACGGCAACGCCAGCUUAAGGACCCUGGUUCCGAUUUGUACGGUAGCGGUGGUGCCAGUGGUUCCGGUGACAUCGGUCAAGUGUACACUUCCAGCGAGUAUUUCGACUUGGAGAACGAAGUGUCCAAAGAUAAGGCUGCCUUGCUGGAGGAGUUUGAGAGGAAAAAGAAGGCGCGACAGAUUCACGUUAGUACUGAUGACACGGAAGUCAAAAAGAAUUUGAGAGCCCUGAACGAGCCGAUUUGCUAUUUUGGAGAAGGUCCUGCCGAACGUCGUAUUCGUCUCAAGGAGCUACUUUCGGCACUGGGUGAAAGUGCCAUCCCGCAGAAGAGUGCCAAAGACGAUGAUAAGAAGCAGCUGCAAAAGGAGCAGGAGUCCACCUGGUAUCAUGAGGGGCCGGAGUCACUUAGAAUCGCUAGAAUUUGGUUGGCAAAUUAUUCGUUACCCCGAGCAAAGGCGAGGCUUGAGGAAGCGUCCGAGUUGUUGAAACUACCCAGUUCUACCAAGGCUGGGCGAAUGGUUGAACUGCAAAAGCGGAUACAAUCGCUAGCCCCUCAGUGCAGUCAGGUUGGCGAUGUUCGACCCAUAACCAACUGUUGUUUCAAUUCGGAAUCAAAUUUACUGUUGACAUCAAGUCUCAGUUCAAUGUGCAAGGUGUGGUCUGUUCCGGAUUGUAAUCUCGUGCAAACACUGAGAGGUCAUCAGUUUUACGUGAGCGCCAUCGCUUUUCGACCGGACGUAUCAUCCGAUUCAAAGGGGGAAGUUGCUAUGGCUUCCGGCUGCUAUGACGGCACAGUUAAGCUGUGGUCAUUUGAUAGCGAGGAAGCUGUGGCCGAUAUCAAUGGGCACGUACCACAUCGAGUUUCCCGGUUGGCUUUCCAUCCAUCCGGGCGUUUUCUAGGAACCGCUUGUUACGAUUCGUCCUGGCGACUUUGGGAUUUGGAACAAAAGCAGGAAGUUUUACAUCAGGAGGGACAUGCCAAGGCGGUUCAUUGUAUUGCAUUUCAGAUCGACGGUAGCGUCUGUGUCACUGGAGGUCUAGACGCGUUUGGCCGAGUUUGGGAUCUUAGAACAGGUCGCUGUAUUAUGUUUUUGGAAGGGCAUCUUAGUGCCAUAUACGGGGUGGAUUUCUCCCCCAAUGGAUAUCAUAUUGUAACGGGAUCGCAGGAUAAUUCUUGCAAAAUAUGGGACCUCAGACGACGCCAUCCGGUGUACACUAUUCCGGCGCAUCGGAAUUUGGUUUCGGAUGUAAAGUACCAAAAAAAUGGUGGCCACUUUUUGGUAACGGCCAGCUACGAUAACACGGCUAAAAUUUGGUCCAACAAAACCUGGCAACCGUUGAAGACCCUUUCUGGCCACGAUAGUAAAAUUAUGAGUGUGGACAUUUCACCGAACUCACAGCACAUUGCCACCACUUCGUAUGACCGCACGUUCAAACUGUGGAGCCCAGAAUGAUUGCAGUUCUAAUAAACAUUUGAAUUGCAAUGAAA